UGACAAUUAAUACAGCAUGUUGGCUCGAAAUCAAGAACAAGACCAGUGCUUCAUUAUUCAUACUCGUUUCGUGUUUUGAAAAUCCAGUCUAGUUUUUCAACCUCAGGCUUUUUUGUAACAUUACAUUUGCUUCAAAAUAAAUAAAAAACUUCGCCUUUUUCUCUCAUCUACUAGAAAAAAUAAAAAUGUCUGAAUCUAAGGCUGUCAUUCUCGUCGGUGGACCUUCCAGAGGUACACGCUUCAGACCCCUCUCACUUAACUCACCCAAACCUCUCUUCCCUGUUGCCGGUCGACCUCUCAUUUCUCAUCAUCUCGAUGCUUUAUCUAAAGUUAAGGGUUUGAAGGAAGUUUUGAUUAUUGGUUUGUUCGAGGAUAAGGUGUUUGCUCCUUAUAUUGACAAUGCUGCCAUUGAGUUCCCUCACUUAAACAUUCGUUAUCUUCACGAAUAUCAAGCUUUAGGAACAGCUGGUGGUAUUUACCACUUCCGUGAUGAAAUAUUACGUGGACACACAAAGCAUUUCUUCGUUAUGCACAUUGACAUUGCUUGCUCUUUCCCCCUUAACGAAAUGGCAAGCGCCCAUAUGAAGCAUAGAUCUAUCUGUACUAUGUUAGGUACCAAGGUCAACCCUAGUGAGGCUACCAAAUAUGGUUGUCUUGUUGCAGAUCCCGAAACAAACCAAGUUCUUCAUUAUGUCGAAAAGCCUGACACAUUUAUUUCUGAUUUGAUCUCAUGUGGUGUUUUCUUGUUCGAUACCUCAGUAUUCGCUGAAAUGAAGAAGGCUUUGGAUAAAAAGGAGAGCUAUCAACAAACUGACUUUGUUUCUUCAUCCAACGAUGAGUUACGUUUGGAGCAAGACAUUCUUAGACCCUUAACUGAAAAUAAUAACCUCUACGUUCAUGUUACAAAACAAUUUUGGAAGCAAAUUAAAACAGCUGGAUCCGCUAUUUCCGCAAAUGCUCUUUAUCUUGAAGCUGAAGCCCGCGAAGGCUCUGAUCGUCUCGCAAAGAAUACCCCUGGCGGCCCUGAAAUUAUCGGUGCUGUCUAUAUUCAUCCAUCUGCUCACGUUGAUCCUACCGCAAAGAUUGGCCCCAAUGUUUCAAUUGGCCCUCGUGUCAACAUUAUGGGCGGUGUUCGUGUAAAGGAUUCUAUCAUUCUCGAUAGUGUUCACAUUGGAAAGGCCAGUUGUGUUCUUCAUUCAAUUAUUGGCUGGAACAGUCGUAUUGGAUCUUGGGCUCGUGUUGAAGGAUGCCCUGUUUAUGAAGAAGACAGCUCCAUGAUGAAGAAUGGUGUCAAGAGUCAGAGUAUUACCAUCUUGGGCAAGGAUGUUUCUGUUAUGGAUGAAACUAUUAUUCGUAACUGUAUUGUUUUACCCCACAAAGAACUUAAAUCUUGUUUCCAUAACGAAAUUCUUAUGUAAAAAAAACCUAUAAUUGAUUAUUAAAUUUGUUAACACUUGCAUUGGGCAAAAAAGAUUUCGAUUGUUUAAAGAUAUUAAGACAAGCAUCAAUUACUUUCAUCAAAUUCCUAGCCCAGGCUGGUGCGGUAAAUAAUAGACUG